AUGGCGAGCACAACAGCAUUCGAAGUGCGAUCACUCUACCGCUCUCUCCUCCGCACAUCCCGUCAGUUCGCCGCCUACAACUUCAGAGAAUAUGCGAAACGAAGGACAAGAGAUGCAUUCCGGGAGCACAGCACAGAGAGCGAUGCGCGGAGGAUACAAGAGUUGACGCAGAAGGGAUUGAAGGAGUUGCAGAUCUUGAAGCGGCAAACCGUGGUCAGCCAGUUCUUCCAGCUUGAUCGAUUAGUGGUGGAGGGAGGGAAGACGGGAAAGCAGACCGGUGGCAGAGGUGAUAUCGUGCGGCAGAAGGACACUGGGUAA